GGCUCCGAGCCGGCGGUUGCUUGUUGGUUGUUGUAGUAACCGGGAAAGCAGCGGUCGGCGGCUGCCUUGAGCCGUGCUGGGGAAAGAAGAGAGAGGUAGGAGCAGAGUGCGGUCCACUCCUGCCCGCCCAAACCAUGGGAAGAUGAGACAGGAAUUCCCAACAUUUUGGGAAAGACCAAGAAAUCCCGCUGAGAAUCCCCCGAAGAAAGCCAUUGAGGUUGUUAGACAUUACCCACUGCGCCGAAGAUCUGAAUCUGUGCCAUCCAAAUUGUUUGAUCCGGUGAAUCUGCUGGGAAAGGUCUCUGAGGCCCCUGUCUGCUGACUGCAUGACAAGCCCUAAAGGAAAUGCCAAUCGUGAAUGCCCGGGACCUGGAGGAAACAGCAUCAUCCUCAGAGGAUGAGGAGGUUGUAAGUCAAGAGGAUCAUCCAUGUAUCAUGUGGACUGGAGGCUGCAGGAGAAUUCCAGUUUUGGUAUUCCAUGCCGAGGCUAUUCUGACAAAGGACAAUAAUAUGAGAGUAAUUGGAGAACGUUAUCAUUUGUCUUAUAAGAUUGUACGAACGGACAGUCGCCUGGUACGCAGCAUUCUGACAGCUCAUGGAUUUCAUGAAGUUCACCCAAGCAGCACUGACUACAACCUAAUGUGGACAGGAUCCCACCUGAAGCCCUUCUUACUUCGUACUCUCUCUGAAGCACAAAAAGUUAAUCAUUUUCCCAGGUCUUAUGAACUAACCCGGAAGGACCGACUGUACAAAAACAUUAUUCGAAUGCAGCAUACACAUGGAUUCAAGGCUUUCCACAUUCUCCCUCAGACCUUCCUACUGCCAGCUGAGUAUGCGGAAUUCUGUAAUUCAUAUUCAAAGGACCGGGGACCUUGGAUAGUAAAACCAGUGGCUUCUUCUAGGGGCCGAGGAGUCUACCUGAUCAACAAUCCAAACCAGAUUUCCCUGGAAGAGAACAUUCUGGUCUCCCGUUACAUUAACAACCCCCUGCUCAUAGAUGAUUUCAAGUUUGAUGUGCGCCUCUACGUGCUUGUGACUUCCUAUGAUCCUCUUGUCAUCUAUCUCUAUGAAGAAGGAUUGGCUAGGUUUGCAACUGUGCGAUAUGAUCAAGGAGCCAAGAACAUUCGGAACCAGUUCAUGCAUCUGACAAACUACAGUGUGAACAAGAAGAGUGGAGACUACGUCAGUUGUGAUGAUCCGGAAGUGGAGGAUUAUGGAAACAAAUGGAGUAUGAGUGCUAUGCUUAGGUACCUGAAACAAGAAGGCCGAGAUACAACCGCAUUGAUGGCCCAUGUGGAAGACCUGAUCAUUAAGACUAUAAUCUCUGCUGAACUAGCUAUUGCUACUGCCUGUAAAACCUUUGUUCCUCAUCGCAGCAGUUGUUUCGAACUCUAUGGCUUUGAUGUGCUCAUAGAUUCUACUCUGAAGCCAUGGUUGUUGGAAGUGAAUCUCUCUCCUUCUUUGGCCUGUGAUGCACCUCUGGACCUAAAGAUUAAAGCCAGUAUGAUUUCAGAUAUGUUCACUGUUGUAGGAUUUGUGUGCCAAGAUCCUGCCCAGCGAGCAUCAACCCGGCCAAUUUAUCCCACCUUUGAGUCUUCCAGGCGAAACCCUUUCCAGAAACCUCAGCGUCCAGUAUCUGCACAGUUACAGUCAUCAAAGGCCAAGCAGCGUUCCCGUCCACUUUCAGCCAGUGAUGCAGAAAUGAAAAACCUCGUGGGCUCAGCCCGGGAGAAAGGGCCAGGGAAGUUGGGUGGUUCUGUGCUUGGUCUGUCAAUGGAGGAGAUCAAAGUUUUACGGAGGGUAAAGGAGGAAAAUGAUCGGAGAGGUGGAUUUAUUCGCAUAUUUCCUACAUCUGAGACAUGGGAAAUAUAUGGGUCCUACCUCGAGCAUAAGACCUCCAUGAACUAUAUGCUGGCAACACGCCUCUUCCCGGACAGAAUGACUGCUGAUGGAACACCAGAAUUGAAGAUAGAUGGCAUGAAUUCAAAGGCCAAGCUGCAUGCUGCACUUUACGAGAGGAAGCUCCUGUCUCUGGAGGUGCGAAAACGUAGACGACGGAGUAGCAGAUUGAGGGCAAUGAGGCCAAAAUACCCAGUGAUUACCCAACCAGCUGAAAUGAAUGUUAAAACUGAGACAGAGAGUGAAGAGGAGGAAGAAGUCGCAUUAGACAAUGAAGAUGAAGAACAAGAAGCUUCCCAGGAGGAGUCUGCAGGGUCUCUUAGAGAAAAUCAGGCCAAAUAUACACCCUCAUUGACAGCUAUGGCAGAAAAUACACCCAAAGAAAAUUCCAUGGAAGUUCCUGAAUGGAAUAAUAAAGGUGAACAGUGCUGCAAAAUUGAGGCUCAGGAGCCAGAGCCUAAAUUUAACCUGAUACGGAUUCUUCAAGAUAAUGGUAAUCUUAGCAAAGUGCAGGCCCGAUUAGCAUUCUCUGCCUAUCUCCAGCAUGUUCAAAUUCGCCUGAUGAAAGGCAGUGGAGGUCAGACGUUCAGUGCCAGUUGGGCUGCCAAAGAGGAUGAACAGAUGGAGCUGGUAGUUCGUUUCCUCAAGCGAGCAUCAAGUAACCUCCAGCAUUCACUGAGGAUGAUAUUACCCAGCCGACGACUGGCACUUCUGGAACGCAGAAGAAUCCUGGCCAAUCAGCUCGGUGACUUUAUCCUUAUAUACAGCAAGGAAACAGAACAAAUGGCUGAAAAGAAAUCAAAGAAGAAACUUGAGGAAGAAGAGGAAGAUGGAGUGAAUAUGGAAAUCUUUCAGGAGUUUAUCAGACAAGCAAGUGAGGCUGAACUGGAGGAGGUGUUGACUUUUUAUACCCAAAAGAACAAAUCUACCAGUGUCUUCCUGGGGACUCACUCUAAAAGUUCUGAGAACAACAGUUAUUCUAAUAGUGGGGCAAAAGGUGAUCACCCUGAGACAAUAAUGGAAGAAGUGAAAAUAAAGCCGCCUAAGCAGCAACAGACAACAGAAAUUCAUUCUGAUAAAUUAUCUCGAUUUACCACUUCAGCAGAAAAAGAGGCUAAAUUAGUUUAUACUAAUUCUUCCUCUACUUUCUCUGGUCCUGCUGCUACUCUACAGAAAAUUCCCAACACCUCUGGGAAUUCUGACCUCUCUCCAGGGCCUGGCCACCAUUCUUCUUUAUCUCAAAUUCCUUCAGCUAUCCCUAGCAUGCCUCACCAGCCAACAAUUUUACUGAACACAGUCUCUGACAGUGCUUCUCCCUCCCUCCAUCCUGGGACACACAACAUCCCAAGCCCUGCUGGCCUGCCACGCUGUCGAUCAGGAAGUUACACCAUUGGCCCCUUUUCCUCUUUCCAAAGUGCUGCACACAUCUAUAGCCAGAAACUGUCUCGUCCCUCUUCAACAAAGGCAGGAUCGUGCUAUCUAAACAAGCAUCAUUCAGGAAUAACCAAAACACAAAAAGAGGAAGAAGAUGCUUCUUUAUAUAACAAAAGGUACAACCAAAGUAUGGUGACAGCUGAACUUCAGCGACUCGCUGAGAAGCAGGCAGCAAGACAGUAUUCUCCAUCCAGCCACAUCAGCCUCCUCACCCAACAGGUAACAAACCUGAAUUUGGCAGCUGGCAUGAUAAACAGAGGCAGUGCUUCAACUCCCCCCACCCUCCAACCCAUCAUCAGUCCUAGUGGCCCGACAUGGUUGAUACAGUCAGACCCCCAAGCUCCCGAGAAUCACUCCAGCCCUCCUGGAAGCAGGAGCCUCCAGACAGGUGGCUUUGCCUGGGAAGGAGAGGUAGAAAACAACGUGUACAGCAAGGCUACAGGGGUGGUCCCCCAGCACAAGUAUCACCCCACAGCGGGCAGCUACCAGCUCCAUUUUGCCCUGCAGCAACUUGAGCAACAAAAACUUCAGUCCCGGCAGCUUCUGGACCAGAGUUCAGCCCGGCACCAGAGUACUUGAGAAUGCCAGCUUAAUCAGAUACUGGAUAGUGGAAGUAUCACUAUAUAGCAUGAGGAUCAAAAAACUACAUAUCAGGUCCUUGGCUCAUUACCUGGACAGCAAAAUAAUUUGUGCACCAAACCCCUGCAACACGCCAUUUACAUUUAUAACAAACCUGAACAUGUACCCCUGGACCUAAAAUAAAAGUUAGAAAAAAAAAUCUCUGGCUCUAUUGAAUCUAGACAGUUGGUACAUUUUAAAUCAUGCUUCAAUACCUUGAAAUGGUGGAUGAUUGAAGGAGAGGCAGUUUUGCUGAUUUGCACAUUUAGAAAUUGCUUCAUUUUUAAGUCCUUCUCAUACUUUUGAUUAGCUUCCAACAACUCACAUUCCUUUGAAAAUUCAGAGUACUGUACUGCUAUUCUUGUAUGGAAUUUCUUUUCACUGAGGAUUAUACUGGUUUGAUUUCACUGAAUUAUGAAGUAUAUGGAAAUUAUGUUUUUUAGAAUGUGUCGGAAUAUCUGUUUUAGGCAGGAGGCAGAACUCCCAAGAAGGGAGUUAUCUCAUUCUCCUGGAGAGCGAACAGAAAAUCAUUCAUCAUAAUUGUAUAUGUGUAUAACAUUAUUUUAUUUCUUCUCCCCCACACCCCGAACCCGUUUUUCUAAACCACAGCUAAUUUAGAUAAAAAUGAGUAAGGGUGAGUUUUUGGGACUCUAGGAGAGAGCUAAAGUAACUAAAUUUCACUGCCUUCAAGUGUUUAUAAAUAAUAAAGUAGCAAAUAAGAUAUUAAAUAUUCUAACAGGAAGAAUAUGUAGAAACCUAGAGCACUUUAUUUCAGAGGGUACUUAGAAUCACUGCACAGUGGAAGCAAAGCCCAACUAGAUUUUAUGCCUUUGUAUCUUACCUGUGCUAAAUCUGACCAUUAUAAUUAUCACUAAAUUGUCGAUUGAAGCAUGGUUUACAUUCUCAGUAUUCUGUGUUUCUGACCUUGGGUUACCCUUCAGAUAGCAAUGGUACUUUUCUAAUGAACUCACACUUUGGAUUCAUUUUCCUAAAGUGUAGGGAGCCAUUGGUAUAACAGUGUGGUUAACUGCCUGUUUGAAAGCAGUGAAUAGGAUUGAAAUCUGAUUUACCUAGCAUCCGUCCAUAAAAGAGGCCUGUUAAUGGAACAGGAUGUUAAAGGAGGCCUUACAUUUAUAUUAUAUUUUGUUAUGUGAUAUUGCAUUAUAUUAUAUUAUGUUUAUGAACAGCACCUCUCACAUAGUAACCUCCUAACAGUGUCUCGGAAUCGAUCAUGCAGCCUUUCUCUCAUUGAAUACAGAGGAACUUCUCCCUUCUUUUCUGCCUCAAAUCAGAGCACUUAGAUAUCCAGCUUAUUGAAGGUGUUAAUGUCUGCUUAAACUCUGAUUUAGGAUUUGAGUUUGGAAAUGGACAUCUCUCAGCAUUCAUGGAGAAUGAGCUUUGAUCUUCAUCUCAGUCUAGCAUUGCACUCAUAAAUCUAGCAGUUGUCAUACACUUAAUCCCCCCUGCAAAAGACUGAUCCUGUAACAUGGGAGUGAGAGAGGAAAGUCACCCAGAGCCAAUGGCAGAAGUUUUCAGGGACUGAGAGACAAGAAAAUUACUGUGAUACAGUCCAUAUGAUAGAGAGAAUAAUAAACAAAAUAAGAUAAAAUUGAAACUAUGAGCUUUUACACACCGAUGGUAAAACCAGCAGUUUGAAAAAUAUUGUUUUAAGUCAGAGCAGAGGUCAGCAAACUUUUUUUGUUAAUAGUAAAUAUUUUAGGCUUUGCAGGCCACAGCAUCUCUGUUGUACUUACUCAGCUCUGCUGUGGCAGAGUGAAAACAGCCAUAAACAAUAUGUAAAUGAAUGAGUGUGGCUGUCUUCCAACAAAACUUGAUGUACAAAAGCAGGCCAUGGGCUGGAUUUGACCUGUAGGCCCUAGUCUGCAGAUCCCUAGACUAGAGUAACAGAACCAUUUGAAGGGCUUGUUAAAACACCAGUUGUUCCUCCAUCCCAUUGCUGAUUCAUUAGGUUUCGAAUAACCUAAUGAAUAGGCAGACUCAGCCUCUCUUUUUGUUUUAAUAAUAAUAGCCAACACUCACUAAGCACUUGCUGUGUUCCAAGCACCAUUCCAGGUUCUCUAUACACAUUAACUCAUUUAAAAUGAAUUUUAGUAUGGUUGGGGGAAGUACAGAAUCUCAAGAGUUAGGAAUAGUCAAGCGAAUCUGUUGUAGAUUGAUACAGCCCAAUGCAUGUCUUCUGUCUAAUUCCUUCUCCUUCUCCUGCUGGCUUCCUGCUCCUAAAGGAGAAGGCAAAAAAACCUUUCUUUCAGCUGAGUCGGGGACUUUCUUGGGCAACAGUGACUACUGGUGACAUCAGCAUGAGUAGCUCUCCAUGCUGGGGUCUGUGAGGAGGGCUGCACCGGCUGUGAGGCCCGACUGACCUGAUUCUAAUUGCAGACAUUGAGCUGAUGUUAUUCUUGGCGCAGGACAGAGCGAUUACUCAGUAGUUUCUGUUAAAGUGAUCCUUUGUUAAACUUCUGCUCCCAGCCCACUCCCUGCUUCCUUCCCUCCCACUCUCUUCUCUGCCUCAUCCAGAGCGAGAAAGAGCCCUAAAAGCAGAAAAGUUAAGGACAUUUUGAUGGCCAACACAGUAUUGCUGAAGUUUCUUGUAACAAUAAUGGGAUAAAAGGGAUUUUAAAUACAUCUUAAUUCUUCACUGGUUCCAGUCUCUUUACAAAGCCCUUCAAUUUUAAGUUUAGCCCUUCAAGACUUAACUUUCAACAUUAGUAAGUAACUCAGGAUAGGAGAAAACUGUGCAUCCUGUUUCUCUCAUCCUUCUGCCCCAUCUGUUCUUUCUUCUCCCUUCCCACCAUGCCCAGGUUGACCAAUCUAAUCUGGAUUCAGUAAUCCCAGCAGAAACUCAUGUUCCUGUAACAGACAGGACUGAUGGUAGCUCAGUGUUCACAUCAAGAAGCCUUUCAGUUUGCUGGUAAUAUCUUGAGUGCUGUGCGUAACCAGCUUUUUGCUAAAGGUAUGUGUAUACAUGCACAACCCCACGUGUGGAAAGGAUUCCCAUAUAAACCAAACCAAAUCUUGUUAUUGUGCUCCUAAAAGUUCAUUGCAUGUGUCUAAAAAAAUUCUGCCUCCUCCUGCAGGAAUGAAUUCUGUUUCGCCAAGCCUUCAGCUGCUGUGUGUUUGUGUUGUGGAGGAGGGGAAAGAAAGAGAAAUUCAGCAAGCACCCUUUUUCCAAGCAGCCAGCAAUAACAUGCUAGCUCCUCAGUGUGGCACAAAGAGCAGGCGAACAGCCUAGCCAUGCAGGAGAUGUCUUGAUACAUCUUUAUAAGGCUGGACUGGAGGCAUGAGAGGGGAGGGUGUGUGUGUGUGUGUGUGUGUAUGUGUGUGUGUCUAAGAUCUGGAGCAUAUGGACUGGAGGCAUGAGAGCGGGAGGCGUGUGUGCGUGUGUGUGUGUGUGUGUGUGUGUGUGUGUGUGUGUGUGUGUCUAAGUCCUGGAGCAUAUGGACUCCAGAACUUAAUGUCGUAACCUAUUGCUUCUUUGUUUUUUUGUUUGGUUCCUUCUUUUGAUCUGUUUUAUUUUUCCAACUGACCUUUAGCAGGAACUCAUUUAGUGUCUAGCUUUUAGUUAUUAUUGAUUUUCCUACGACCAUUUGAUUUAGUAGAUUUUGCCAAACCAAACUCUUUUAUUCUUAUUUAAUGAAAAUAUAUUGAAAAUACAUGAAAUAAUACUGCAUUCAGUUGUUUUGGAAAUAGGCACUCUAGACAGGCUUCGGAGUCAUCCAACACACAGUUUAAGUCUUGGCCCUGUCUAGUCCAUGACUUAGGACAGGUUAUUCAGACUUUUGGAACCUCAUUUUCCUUAUCUCUAAUUUGGAGAUAAUGAUACAUGCCUGUGUGUUAUCAUGAUUGUCGUCCUCAGGAUGUAACAUUGAUGUUACCAUAUGUCAAGCACCAAAGUGGCCAUUUUUUGUGUGUUAUUUCAGUGGAUCUUCAGAGCUGCCCUCUUCUUAGCCUCAUUUCACAGAUGAAAAAGCAUAGUAUCAUUUAUGUAGCUUUCUCAGGGUCACAUAAGUAAUAAAUGGUAGAACUGGGAUUUGAACCCUGGUCUGUCAGCCUGCAGUAUCCAAGCUCUUGGCGAUUAUGCUAUAUGCUGCUGCUGCCUCCUGCUAACAAGGCAUUCAAUAAACAACAGCUACAGUUUCUAUUACAUAAAUUUUAUGUUGCAAUUUAUAUAUUCAACAAGUACCUUUUUUUUUUUUGAGACAGAGUCUCACUCUGUUGCCCAGGCUAGAGUUCAGUGGCACUCACUACAACUUCUCAGCUCAGUACAACCUCUGCCUCCCGGCUUCGAGCAGUUCUCCUGCCUCAGCCUCCUAAGUAUAUGGGACUACAGGUGCAUGCCACCACACCUGGCUAAUUUUUGUAUUUUUAGUAGAGAUCAGUUUUCACCAUAUUGACCAGGCUUGUCUCGAACUCCUGACCUCCUGAUCCGCCCACCUCAGCCUCCCAAAGUGCUGGGAUUACAGGCCACUGCCCCUGUCCAGCAAGUACUUAACUGACUCUUAUGAGACUGUGUUUGAAAAGUUAUUCUCAGGUGUCUUCACCAGUCUUCUACUAUUCAUAAGCACCAUCUCAAAAGAAAAGUUUUCCUGAAGUUAGGCCUGGAUAUUAUCCUAGUUACCUCAAUUCUUAAUUAAAGAAAUAUCUUAAUAUGGUGUUCUUGGGCUUAACAAUCUUAGAAAUGCCCAUACUUUACCCUCCCUUGCACUUUGAUUAAGUAAUAGGUUUAGCAACUAACAAGCCAUGCGGUAUCCUGACAUUUGUUCUAGAGGUUUGGAGAUUAGGAGCGCUUAUAUGGGUUGUUAUUAAUUCCUGUUUUAUUAGUAACAUGGAAUGAUUUCUCUCAUUGUUACAUUGUCCUUUCAACAUUGUUACUGUUACUGGUAAUACUAUUUUAAUUUUAUUUCUAUGAUAGAUGUUUUUCAGAAAACUCCCAGGAAACAUGACAGAUGUCUACAAAUGUGACUACCACAGAUGACAUGUUUGACUAAUUCAUAUUAUGCUUGCUUUUUCAAUACCAUAUGUUUGAUCUUAGUGUAUUAUUACCAUAUAGACAUUAGUUCAUUGCGUUAAUUUAUUACUGAUAGUAACAUAAGUCCCCUGGUUAUCAUCAUGCUGUUUUCUAAGCUGCUGCUGGGGGAAUAUUCUUCUGGAAUCUUAGAGGAAAAUGAACAUAUAGUAAAUGCUUCCGGUGCACUAGAUUAGUCUUAUCUGCAUUCCACUGAUGAGGAACCCCAUGUUCAAAGAGUUUGGGUAACUUAGCCAAGAUCACACAGCUGCCUAAUUGCAGAGAUAAUAUUCAUACCAUGUCAGAGGACUUCCAAAGCCCCUUUCUACUCUACCAUCCUCCCCCACGACAGAACUGACUCUUCAUUUUCUUUUUAUUUUACACGUUUAUCAUCAGUCAGAUAAGGCAUUCCAGCAUCAUUGCUACUGCACUGCUAUGUACUCUCAUAUACACAAAUCUUUUUUUAAAAAAAGGGUCAGUGUAAUCAAUUAAGAUUCAGAAUGCAGCUUGGUAGAAGGUGUUAGAGGCAACUUGUUCACGUACUAGCCACUCAGGAUUGAUCUUGUUUGUUGUGUAAUGUGAACAUGUGAAUUUGCUGCAGCUGUCUGGUGACCAGUUUCAUUCUCUUCUCUCCCUCCAUGGCCUGUGGUUUGUUUCUGUUUGUCUGUAGGUGUUUGAGGGACUCAAAGUUGUAACUUUGUGUGAGAUGAUGAAAGACUUCAUCCAUCUGAGAUGGUGGCAGCCAGGGGAAAAAUACUUAAUGAGUAUAUGACAGUAAGGUCUGUGCAAGAUAUUCACAGUAGACCAACCAUGUUAGAUUCUGGGCCAAACAAAACAAAUUAUGCAUUUUGAGACAGAGACAAGUUAGAUGUUUAUAACCUCGAAGUUGUAAAGGAAACUUAGAGAUGGCCUUUGACUAGUUAUUUCAUUUUAGUAAUCAGGACGCACAAGAUACAGACACAUUAGGAGAACAAGGGCCCUGAUAUAAAAAUAAUUUCUUACAGGUACUAGCAAAUAAAUAAUAAAACACACAAUUGAAAAUGCGGCAGAAUUAUCUUUCUUUAGCCAGUUGAGCUUUCUAUCUGGGGUCAUGGCUGAUCUUUUGAGGUUAUCUUUAUACAUACACUUUUCACUUUAACAGCAAGUUACAAACAUUUGUUUUACAGACAAUCUUCAGCCUUUCCUUCUCUAGAAAGAGAAUGAUCUUGGAGCAAGGUGAAUGAAAUCUGUCCUUUAUAUACAUUUGGUGGAAAUGGGGCACAUUGCUAGAUUUGCUUUAGAAAAGAGGUAUGAUUUAAAUAAAUUUGCUUUACAUAUGUUUGCUUUAAAAGAAAAUCAGCACAACAUAAAUAAGCAAAGCAGCAUAGUAUAGCAGGUUCUUAAAUCAUUCUCUAUGGGUUUGAAUCCCAGCUUACUACUCAGUACCUCUGCGAUUAUGAACAAAUUCCUUAACAUUUUUUGUGCCUUGGUUUCUUCUUCUGUAAAUGGUGAUAAUGAGGAGAUACAGGUCAUAUGAUUGGGAGGAAUAAAUGAGAUAAUAUACAGAGCACUUAAAGCAAUGCCUGACCCAUGGUAAAAGUCUGGGCAUGGUAGCUCACGCCUGUAAUCCCAGUACUUUGGGAGGCCGAGACGGGUUAAUCGCCUGAGUUCGGGAGUUCAAGACCAGCCUGACCAACAUGGAGAAACCCUGUCUCUACUAAAAAUACACAAAAUUAGCCAGGCUGGUGGCGCAUGCCUGUAAUCCCAGGUAUUCGGGAGGCUGAAGCAGCAGGAUCACUUCAAUGGCAGUUGCAGUGAGCUGAGAUUGCACCAUUGCACUCCAGCCUGGGCAAACAAGAGGGAAACUUCAUCUCAAAAAAAAAAAAAAGUUAAUAAAAGUUAAUUUCUCUUAUAAUUAUGUGUCACUUUUUUUUUUUUCAGUUAGGUAGAAAAUAUAUAAAUGCUUUUCCUCUGAACAGUUUUUCUGUAUACAGUACCGUAUUGUUAACUAUACGCAUACUGUGCAGCAGACCUCCAGAACUUUUUUAUAUUGCAUGACUGAAACUGUAAUCAUCGAACAGCUCCCUGUUUUCCUCUUUCCCACCCCAGCCUCUGACAACUACCACUCUACUUUCUGUGAGUUUCAUUACCUCAUGUUAAGUAGAAUGAUUUUGUGAUGAGAUUACUCUACUUAUGAAAGUAUCUUCGAGAUUCAUCCAUGUUGUAACAUAUGACAAAUUUCCUUCUUUUUUUUUAAAGCUGAAUAACAUUUCAUUGUAUGUGUAUACAUAUAUACAUGCCACGUUUUCUCUUUUUUACUUUCUUCUUUUUAAUUUUUGUGGGUACUGCUUACCACAUUUUCUUUUUCCAUUGAUGGACAUUUAGGUUUCUUUUAAACAUCUUGGCUAUUGUGAAUAAUACAUCAAUGAACACAGAUAUACAGAUAUCUCUUCUAUUAUGUAUUAUUUUUAACUUUAAAUAUACAUAGCAUUAUGAUCUCAACUUGGGGGUUUUCCUUAAACCUCCCGUGCCGGAAACAGAAAUUGAUUAAAAAGAUAUUAAAGAAAGUGUCUUAGGAGAAGCUUAGGCUCAUUAAGUAUUAAUUAGCUCCAUUUUUAAAACUAAUAGUUACUUAUUUGAACAAUUAAAUAUGGUAUGCAGAUUAAUUUUUUCAUAAUUGCUAGAGAGAGCUAUGAGAAGAAAAAAUUAAAGGAAUUAUUAAUAUCAGGAUUAAAUGAUUAUUCUUUAGAAUAAUUUCUUUGUGGAUUAUUGACAUGUUUGUCCAAAGGCAUAAAUAUCUUACAAACAUACAAAGGACAAGAAACAGGAUUAGCAUCAAAUUGUGAGCUAGCUUUUAAUGGGGUACAAGCUGUUUUUUCAUAGUAAUCAAAGGAAUGAUAAGUAAAUUAAUCCUUUCAGACAUACUGAUGAGAUACAAAUUGAUAGAGCCUUUACUGAGAGCAAUUUGGGAAUAUAUAUUUUAAAGUUUUGAAACAGAAGAACAAAGAGGUUUCUGAUCUAGCUAUUCUACUUUAAGGAAAUGAUCCAGCAUAUGUGAAAAGGCAUAGAUAACAUGAUGUUUAUCACAACGCUGUUCUUAGAAAGCAAAAUGCAUUGGUAACCUGACUGUGUGCAUGUGUGUGUGUGCAUGCACCUGGUGUUUCAAAUGGAACUAUAAGAUUUUGGGGGUGCUUUCCUAUUUGUGAAAAAAAAAGAAAAAUAUAUUGGGGGCCUGUUUUUUUUAACUCAAAAAUAGUUUGUUGAACAUACUUACAUCUUUCCAUUGCUUCAAAUAUAGAUGUACCUCAGUGUGUCGAUUUAUAGCAUUGAUGAUUAGUUAAGUAAAUUAUAAUAAACCAUAAUAGAAAAUAUGCCAUUAAAAACAGCAGUCUAGGUCUACCUUUAUAGAUAGGAGAAAAUGCUCAGAAUAGAUAGACAAUUGAACGAAAUAAAACAGGCCCCAAAACAUCGGGUGUCAUAUGACUCUGUUUUUUGUCAGCACACAUAAAUACAUACAUAUACGUAGAAAAUAAGUUUGUAUAUGCAUAGAAAAUGUUAACAGGUUGUAUCUGAGAGCAGAAUUAAAAAUCAUUUUUAAUACUUCUAAUGAAUAUUUAUUAAAGAACAUUUAUUAAAUCAUUUUUAACACUUCUAAUGAACAUUUAUUAAAGAGAUUUGUUUCAAAAAGAAAAAAGUCAGUCUGCCAAUCUUUGUAUGUAUGUGUGUGUGAUCAGACAGUGCUGGACAUUGAAGGAGAUAUGAAAGAAAUGUAAAGCAAAGCAGAGUCUAUGAUUAUAUGAGUCUAAAUUUACAUCAGAAUGUCAACCAGUGUCUGACUGAUUGGUCUGGUGGUUAGAUGAGGGUGUGGCUGCUAAUCAGGGAAGGUCAUCCAUGUGAUAUCUUAGGGCAAGUUGGUUUCACUGGCUUUUAUGGUUAUGAACUGCACUAGUCUUAGCAAGCUAUCUCAUGGUUACACUGUGCUGGUCAUGCCACACACCAGUCCAAGCUCAGUUUUGAGUAUGUUUGAAUAUCUAGUUAUGAUUAUCUUCCUUGCUUUUUAAAUGUCGGCAAGUACAGUUAAUUUAGAGACUCUCUGAAGCACACAGAUCUCAGCUGGUUAGUAAAUAAUAGUUUCAAAAUUUUUCUUUCUUACCACCUCAAAUGACCUACCCUAAAGGAUGCAAGUACAGGUAAGCAUCUGUAUUUGCUACUCACUAAAGGAAAGGGAGCUUCAUCAGUGGUUUUAGAAAUGAGAGAAUGUGUCGGAAGGCUUCCGACAUCUUUGACGGCACCAUGUCCUGUCUCAGGUAUUUGGUAAUUGGUCUCUCUGUAUGAGCAGCAGCAACUUCUGGAUUGCCCCCUGUUUCUGUUGGAGUCAUAGUACUGCCCAGUGCUUUACAGCAGCACCAGAAAAGUUGUACUGUUUCUCUUGCUCAGCCCCCAGUCUCGUCCCAGCUGACAAACAUUGUGAAUGGAAGACAGCCAAGAACUCUACAGUGUGAGACAAAGGCCUUUUGGAAGCUUACUUUUGCCAAAACAGAAACAGUUACUCUCACUCUCACCUUGGCCUGGAGGUUUUUACAGCAUCACAGGGUUGCAUAAAAAUCGGAAUGUGUUCUUUGCACUAAACAGUCUUGCCCUGAUUGUAGGAAGGUGAGUGAUUAGUGGCUUAGAUGUUCAAGAAAAUGUAUCAUCUCAAUACUUCAGCUUCCAGAGAGAAAUAGACAAGAAGUGGCUUUGUAUAUGUUAUGGGAACUUCAUCCAAGUUGGGACCCAAUCUUAUAUGGGAAGAAUAUUACAUAGAAAUGUUUGCUAAUCUGAAAUCAGAGUAAAGGGGUCACAAAGAAACAUUAACCUACUCAAAUACAGAGUAGCAUUUGCCUACUGUAUCUCCCUUCAUUCUCAAAAAAAAAAAGAAUGUAGAGAGUUAAUUUCACUACGAAGAGGCAUCCAGCUCUCCUCCAUCACCAAGAAGCCUGAGUGAAGGCUAAAAGGAGUGUUUUUCUGGAAGGUAUUUUUUUUUUAAUCCUCCCAGAAUUUAAUCUCUGAACAGUAUUAUCUUUCUAGUAAGAGAGCCCAGAUCUGCUUCCCUGGAACCUUCCAAGUUGCAGUCUGUGUUCUUUCUAUCACAAAUUUUUCCUUCCCACCCAUGAGCACCCUUCUAUUGUGGGGGAAGGAGGGCCUUUCCAGUCUUUUGCCUGGGGCCAAGCCAACCCUCAAACUGUGGUUUUCUGUGAGUCUUCUCGCUGUAGUAUGACUGUUUCCCACACCCAGCAAAGAACCAGCAGUCAUGUAUAUGCUGAGUACAUGUUGACUAGGUCUUGAGUGGAGGCCAGUGCUUACACAGCUCUCUCAUUCCCAGGACAUUGACUAAUGAUGGUGCAGCUCCUAUGCCUGUGUUGUUAAUAUUAUACAUCAAAACCUCAUGUUUCUUACAAAUUAUUAGAGAGAACUUCAUACAAUUCUUCUGUCCUUUUAUGAAUGGAUAUCAGAACAAAACAGUCCACAUGAUGGAGCAAUUCAGUUGAUGGGGCUGUAGGAUGGGGACCAGUACAGGCUAUGAGGGUGCCUGGAGAGGCUGAUUUCUGCUGCUAGUUUACAUACAACCAUUUAUAUGUCUGCUUUUAACGUUGCCUGAGUGUGUUCCUGGGUUUCUUCUUAUCAGAUUUGAUUGCUUUAAUCCCAUCCCACUUAGCCUUGGCUUUUGUGAAACACCUGGGGACUUGUCUACAUUACCGACGCUUUGGAGUUUCAGAUGGUAUGCAAUUAUAAUCAUUUCAUUAUCCGUUCAGUAUAUUACAGUAUAAUCACCAAACCACAAGUCACAACUAGAGGCUUUUUACUGUAUUUGGAAAGAGUAUCUGCUUUCUGAGAUGCAGUACAUGUUUGUUGUAUUGAGGCUUAGGCAAGCUUGCAUCUGUGGUGGAUUGAGAAUUAUUUCUAGUAUCAGUUAAGGCUCCAUUUGGCUGCAGGUAACAGAACUCCCCCACCCCACCAAUGGUUUAAUUAAGUUAAAGGGGUUUUUUUUUCCCACAUAGUUAGAAAUCUAGAGAUGGGCUCUUGCAGACUUCAUGGUGCCGUCAGAAACCCAUGCUCCUUCUCUUUAUUCUCUGCAGUCCUUAGCAAGUAGCUUUCGCCCUAUGCCUGACCACCUCUUGCUAGAUAUCCAUGCUCUUGGUGGGAAGAAGAACGGGGAACAUGAAAGGGCACAAGAAGCGCACCAGCCGAGUCUGCCCCCUUAAAGAGCUCUCCCAAAAACUGAACCCAGAAACUUCUCUUUACAUCUCAUUGUCCAGAAUAUGUGUUAUAGGUUAUCCCUAGGUGAAGAGAAGUUUAGAAAUACAUUUCCCUUAGCUGGGCAAACAUUAUUACCCAAACAAAAUCAGAGUAGUCAUAUUAAGAAGAAAGGGAGGAGUGAUUGUAUCUAAAGAAAGGAGAGUCUCCUAAGCAGUAAGUUCUCCUAAAUUAUUUUAUUUUGUUGUUUGAAGUGAAAACUAAUUUUAUGUAAAACGUCAAUAUCUAAGGUCCUGCCACAAAUUUUACAUUUAGGAAGGUGUGAAUUUAUUUUUCUGUGAAAUCUGCAGAAGGGCUAAUGUAUUUUGGGGCUGAGUAUGAAUUGGACACAACACACUAGACACUGUUCAAAGUUGAGAAAAUGGUACUUCUAUAAGAUCACAUCUGGAUUUAAAUGCACAUUUGCCUAUUUUCUUAUGUAGGAAUUUAGUUUUUGCUAAAAAAGGAUGAAUAGUUGGGGUUGUUUUAUUUUUUUCAUUUAUUAAGCACUUUUCUACUAGGCAUUGUAGGUGAAACAAAAAUUAAUCAUAUACAAAUUCAGCCAUUUCCAUUGUCAGUCACCCAGAAGGGAGAGUACCUAUGUAAGUGGCUAUACUACAUGGUAGAAUGUACUGUGAUGAGACAUACAGAUACAUUUUUCUAGGCAUUCAGAAGAGGAAAAGAUUAUUUCUGCCAGAAAGAAUUGAGUAAAUAGGAUCUGGGAGCCUAAACAUAUGUUUUCGUUUUAAGAAUCUAGGCAAAACCAUUCAGGACAUAGGAGUAGGCAAGGACUUUAUGACCAAAACACCAAAAGCAUUGGCAACAAAAGCCAAAAUGAACAAAUGGGACCUAAUCAAACUCCACAGCUUCUGCAUGUCAAAAGAAACAGUCACUAGAGUGAAUCGGCCACCAACAGAAUGGGAAAAAAUUUUUGCAGUUUACCCAUCUGACAAACGGCUGAUAUCCAGAAUUUACAAAGAACUCAAACAGAUUUACAGGAAAAAAAAACAAGCCCAUUCAAAAAUGGGCAAAGGAUAUGAACAGACACUUUACAAAAGAAGACAUACAUGAGGCCAAAAAACAUAUGAAAAAAUGCUCAUCAUCACUGGUCAUUAGAGAGAUGCAAAUCAAAACCACACUGAGAUACCAUCACGCCAGUUAGAAUGACGAUCAUUAAAAAAUCUGGAGACAACAGAUGCUGGAGAGGAUGUGGAGAAAUAGGAACACUUUUACACUGUUGGUGGGAGUGUAAAUUAGUUCAACCAUUGUGGAAGACAGUGUGGCGAUUCCUCAAAGCCUUAGAAAUAGAAUUUGCUUUCAUAACUAGUGAGUGACAUAAGUCUGGAAAAAUAUGUUGAAAAAUGGUAAGCAACUACAAAGGAUUACUGAUAGGUAGACUUUCCUGUCAUCCCAUCCUUUCGUUUCUCAGUAGAACCAAGGUAGAUAGAGGUUUGGGAAGAAAUGGAACAUUUGCUGAGUGCCUGCUGUGUGCCUAGGUCUUUGCUUUAUUUCAGAAAUCCUUACUGAAUGCCUAGGCUAAGGUUACCUACAUUAUCUUCAUUUAACUUCCAAAAAUCCAAUGAAGUAAGUGAUUUUUUUUUAAUUAAGCUACUCAUCUUCUUUUUCUUUUUUUGGAGACAGAAUCUCUCUCUGUCAUCAGGCUGGAGUACAGUGGUGCAAUCUUGGCUGACUGCAAGCUCCGCCUCCCAGGUUCAAGCAAUUCUCCUGCCUUAGCCUCCCAAGUAGCUGGGACUACAGGCAUGCACCACCACACCCAGCUAAUUUUUUUUUUUUUUUUUUUUUUUUUUGAGACAGGUUCUUACUCUGUUGCCCAGGCUGGAGUCCAGUGGCGUGAUCUCAGCUCACUGCAACCUUCACCUCUUGGGCUCAAGCAGUUCUCCUGCCUCAGCCCCCAAGUAGCUGAGAUUACAGGCACUUGCCACCAUGCCUGGCUAAUUUUUGUAUUUGUAGUAGAGACAGGGUUUUACCAUGUUGGCCAGGAUGGUCUUGAUCUUCUGACCUCAUUCUCCACCCACCUCGGCCUCCCAAAGUGCUGGGAUUACAGGCUCGAGCCACUGCACACAGCCAACCUCCUCAUCUUCUAAAGGUGAAGUAAUUGUAUUUGCUUGUGAGAAAACUGAAGCUCUGAGAAGUUAACUUGAAAAGAUCAUUCACUUUGUAAGUGAUAAGGCCUGCAUUUGAGCUGAGGUACAUUUGAUUGCAAGCUAUGUCUUUUCCAUUUACUCUGGGUCUCUCUGCCUCUCACCAAUGACCUAAUCUGCUUUUGUAGCCAGUGUUGAGCAGUUAAUUCUUUCUUUAACCCAAUCUAAUAGAAAUCCUAUAUCCAGCUGGUUAAAACUCGGGUUUUACUUGGGUAUCUUGAUUUGUACUCUGUGACAACUUAUUACCUCCUUAAAUGUUAUUAGAACUAGACUGUCAUUUAAAUCAUUUAUUUUUGUAAUAAAUCACUAAAUGCACAUAGUAUAAAAUUCAAAAGAUACAAAUGGCCAGGUGCUGGUGACUUGCGCCAGUAAUCCCAGCAUUUUCGGAGGCCAACGUGGGUAGAUCACAAGGUUAGGAGUUGGAGACCAGCCUGGCCAACAUGAUGAACCCCAUCUCUACUAAAAAUACAAAAAUUAGCCAGGCGUGGUGGCCGGCGCCUGUAAUCCCAGCUACUCAGGAGACUGAGGCAGAGAAUUUCUUACACCCAGGAGGCAGAGGUUUCAGUGAGCCAAUAUCACACCGCUGCGCUCCAGCUAGGGCGACAGAGCAAGACUCUGUCUCAAAAAAAAAAGAUGCAAAUGAUAUAUAGUAAAAAGUUAGUCCCCCUCCUACCUUCAUCCCUAGCUAACCAGUUCUUCUCCCUGAAGGCUACCAGUUUUUUCUGUAUCCUUCCAGAAUUGUUCUGUACAGAUACUACUAGAGUGUAUAUGUGUGUGUGUACAUAAAUAUGUAGAUAUAUGUGAUGUGUAUUAUUCUUUUAAAAAAAAAAUAGGAGCUCACUAAACUCACUGUUCUGAACCUGCUGUUUUCAUUCAUUAUUUCUUUUGUAUUUAGAUGUCCUAGAUUUGGGGGCAAAAAAUUGAUGAAUUUGAAAAUAUAGUUGUCACCAUGGCAACAUUUAUUGAAUAGAUGUUCUUACUAAUGGCAGUUUCCUUACAAUAUUAAAUAUGUAAUUUAAUAAAGAAUAUGUUUAUUUCUAAGAGCUCUUUGCUAAUGUUUUUUUCCCUCCUCUGCUACUCACCCAGGAAGUUUCUUUAUGGAUGGCUCAGUGUAGAACUCUUCAGCCCUCAUUCUGAUUUUUGGUCUCUUCCCAUCUUGAAUGAUGCACAUCUCAAACACUCCUUAUGCCUAACCUCAGUUAUUAGGAUGUAGUGGUGAAAAUAGAAGCCUGGGGCAUUCCAUUCCUGUGUCCCUCUUUAUUUCCAAUUGAGUUUCUCACACAGAUUUUAAGGCCCUCAAAUAUGGUAACAGCAGCUGCAAAGAAAGGGUUUGUUGUAGAACCUGUCCCAGAAGCCUGCGUCCUGCUGGAAGCUUUGUUUCCUUGUCCUCAGAAUGCCUACUUUAGAAGGGUCAGGGCUUCUCGAUUCUCUUGGACCAUCUGGAAACCUCCCCAUGUGUCCACGCUCAACAGUGCUGCCCUCCUGGAUUUGCUUAUGGCCUUGCAUCUGUCUUUGAUCCUCUUCCCCUGCUUUUUUUUUUUUUUUUU